UCCCUUACGUGUGUGUAUAAAUUCACCCCGCCCCAUCGCCUGUCCCAUCAAAACGUACGUCUCAAGUAGCUUCUCCAGCUUGGAACGGCGCUGUUGCACACCGUCUGGCCAACACACGCAAGCCGCCAUGAAAAAUCUACAAUAUGGCAUAGACGAAGCCGAGUCCUUGAAUAACUCGGCCAAGACCAAUCUCAGGCUAUUUUCGCCCGAUGCCACCAUCGUCCUUGUUGGGUGCCGUGGUGCUGGAAAGAGGACCUUGGGCUUCAUCGCCGCCAAGUAUCUAGGUCGCAGGCUCCUUACCGAAGACUACUGGUUUGAAAAUUCGACUGGCUGCAACAGAGCAACCUUCCUUCAGAAACAUGGCCACGACACAUUCAAUCGCCAGACAGCCGUGGCGCUGGCGCGGACGCUGGAUUCCAGCCGUGUCCAUUGUGUCAUCGAGUGCAGUACGGCUCUUUUGACCCAAGAAACGCGGGCGGUGCUCUCAGACUUUGCCGAGACACAUCCAGUAAUAUAUGUUCACCGGGACAAGGAGGACUUAUACAAGCUCCUCCAACUCCCCGUCACUGACGCCGAACGUCUGUUAGUGUCGGAUCAGAAGCACCGAGACUUCUGCAAUCUUGAAUACUUCAACCUCCUGGAUACAAGCCCCGACGUUCAAAAUGAUGGCGAAUCGUUAUUACGUUCAGCGUCUGUCCAUUCUGCCAGGUUAAUUCACGCCAAACGAGAAUUCAUCAACUUCAUCGACCACAUCUUUGGUCAGGCUCUCACACGAUCUUGGAUGCAAAACCCCUUUUCGGUCAAAGCGAUUCCUCCCGAGCAUCGUCUAUACACGUUCGCUUUAAAUUUACGUCUUUCGACCCUAGUCAACUUAGAAAUGGACCUGGCCCGGAUAGAGGCUCCUGCUGAAGCGGUAGAACUCAUCAUUGACACAUGGCCGGAUAACAUGUUGGAUUUUAUAGCUACGCAGGUCUCCCUCAUCAGACGUAAACUUGACGUUCCGAUAAUAUACCAUGUGGAAGAGAAUCCGCGAGAAGAACGUCGGCGGCCGCUAGAGGAGAGAGAUGCCUCGGACUAUACGUUAAUGAUGCAUGGCUUGCGUCUCGGUGUCGACUACUUAAGUCUCGAUCUCGAGAGGAGCCAUGAUCUUGUCCAAAAGGUUUUCUCCAUGCGCGGUCGGACUAAGAUCAUUGGCAACUAUGUUAUCAAAGGCUUCGGCGCUCCACAAUGGGAGGAUGACGUCUACUACGAACGCUAUUUGCAUGCCCAAAAGCUGGGUUGCCAUAUCGUUCGGAUCGCGAGAUUCUGCGCUGGGGACAGACAAGACGAAUCGCGUAACAAGCUUGUGGAUAGAAUCGCGUCUCUACCAGAGCCCAGACCGCUUCUCAUUGCGUACGACUUUUCUGUUUUUGGGCAGGUAGCUCCAUUUCAGAACCUAUGUUUAAAUCCAACUGGUCACGAGCUUUUAGAGCCAUCGAGCCGAGAGCAGAUGGUUGGCGUUACUACGGCCCGUGGCACUAUCCGGCUGUUCUUCCAGAGAGGAUGGUUACAACCGCUUAACUUCUAUGUUGUCGGCGCUAACGUACAUUAUUCUGCCUCGCCAUCCAUGUUCAGAGCCGCCUGUGAACAUUACAUGUUGCCGCACACCUAUGAGGCAAGACAAUGUACAACUAUAGAGGAAUUGGAUCGAUUCCGCCGGGACCCAAACUUCGGAGGUGCCUCACUCACUGCACCCUUCAAAGUAGUAAUCAUGGAUCAUAUUCAUCAUGUAAGCUUUCAUGCAACUGCCAUUGGUGCAGUGAACACGCUGCUGCCUCUGCGCGGCAAAACAUCGUCCAUCAUCGACCACGCAAACGCACGAAAUCAAGCCGGCCCAACAGAUAAGUUCUACGGCGACAAUACCGACUGGAGCUCUAUAGCCACCUGUCUGCGCCGAGCUAUCAGUCCACGAAACUCGGUGCAGCCGUCGCGGACUACUGGACUGAUAAUCGGCGCUGGAGGUAUGGCCCGUGCCGCCAUCUACGCCCUUAUCAAGCUGGGGUGCCGCAAAAUAUUCAUAUUUAACCGUACCGUAGCCAAAGCAGAGGCAGUCGCAGCACACUUCAACGCCUAUGCGAAGGAGCACAAACUCACCUGUCGACGUGGAGAUGAAACGCAAAUCUGCCACGUCAUUGAGUCUGCGAAAGACCCUUGGCCAGAAAAAUAUCAGCAACCCACCAUCAUCCUAUCAUGUAUCCCAUCGUACGGCAUUGACGACAAACCUUCUGUAGACUUCAGAAUGCCACUUCAGUGGCUGCGAAGUCCCACCGGUGGCGUGGUUAUAGAGUUAGCCUACGAGCCUCUCAUUACGCCUUUGGUCGUCCAGAUGCGAAAAAUUCGCGAGGACGGAAAUACCUCGUGGAUAAUCAUCGAUGGCCUAGAGGUCGUGGGCGAGAUGGCUAUGGAACAAUUUGAGCUUUACACGGGUCGGAAUGCACCCCGACGGCUCAUGAGGAGGGUCUGCGAUGAGACAUGGAACAAGCAGUCCGCUCCUUUUCAGCCGCAGAGAUUAUCCUGAUGGCGGUUGCCAGCGCGUAUGGAUCUCAACUGCUGCUUAACGAUGGGUAAGGAACGGCCGCCAAUGUCUGGACAGCGGAGAACAUGACGUAGUGGGAUGAAUGGGCAAGUGCUGUGGCUCGCAGCUGCAAGGAAGAGAUAC